GCAUCAUAGCUUUGCUAAUAUGGCUUCAAACCCAGAAACAUUGGAAUGGACCACUGGACUCUAUGAUUGUUGGCAAGAUCCCUCUCAUUGUUGCUUCACAUGGUUUUGUCCAUGCAUAACCUUUGGGCAGAUUGCAGAGAUCGUCGAUGGAGGGACAAUAUCAAAAACUGCAGCGUGCUGCAUUUACACGCAUGGGAUGUCAUGGCUAAAUGGUGCGAUUUACAGAUCGAAAUUGAGAAGACUCUUCUCACUGCCUGAGGAACCCUACUCUGAUUCAUUUAUUCAUUGUUGCUGCUGCGUUUGUUCCCUCACCCAAGAAUUCAGAGAACUCGUAAACCGUGGAAUUCAUCCUUCUCUUGGUUGGGAAGGUAACGUUGAGAAGUGGAAGAGGGAAGGUGUAGAACCUCCAAUUGUUCCCACCAUGUAUCGUUGAUGAGAACACUCACCAACCAAUUGUUAUCACUUCCUUCUGAAGUUGGAUUGUUGUGGGUUCUAUCUAUGACUUGAAAGUAUUUACAUGUGCUUUA